AUGAUUAUUAGUGCUUGGAAUGUUAGGGGGUUGAGGGGUGACGGUAACUUGAGGAUGGUAAAGGAUCUUAAGAGAAAAUAUGGGUUAAAUAUGUUAGGAUUGGUGGAGACUAAAAGACAGUCAGUGACUAGAUUUGAUGUAUCAACAAUAUGGGGGAAUGAUUGUGGUGGUUGGGAGUACGUUGAGUUUACUGGUGCGUCUGGCGAGUUGUUGUUAAUGUGGGAUGACGGGUUUUUUGAUAUGAGAAAUUGUUAUAAAAAUGAGAGAUGGUUAUGUGUUAAAGGAGUCCUGCUGAAGAAUAAUUUUAGUUGUGCUUUUAUAUUGGUUUACGGUGCUCACCUUCAUGAUGAGAAGCUUGUUGUGUGGGAGGAGCUGAGUUACAUAGCUGGCCUAUGUCAGGUACCCUGUUGCUUCAUAGGGGACUUUAAUGAGAUUGUUCAUGGUGACGAAAGGAAUGGCACUGACAGAUUGUCCUUGUCAGCGGAGGAUUUCAAGAACUGGGUACAAGACAUGGGCUUAGUGGAUUUGCCAAUUUCUGACCGUAAGUUUAUGUGGUUCAGAGGACGGUCCUGUAGCCGCAUUGACAGGGCCAUGGUGAGUUUGGAAUGGUUAGAGGAGUUCCCAGAAACUCGAUUACGAGGUGGUCCAAGGGGUCUGUCUGAUCAUUGUCCUAUUAUAGUGGAAGAUAACACUACAACAAAUAUGCGUUUUAGCAACGCCAAAAUCUGCAACGUCUUAAAACCAUUCUCUUAG